AUGGAAUCAGACAGCUGAUUUCUGCGCUGAUAAACACAUUACGCUCAGCGAAUAAGAAAAUCUUCACUGGAGCCAUUGGGAGUGAGUUGAAACCUAAUUCAUUUUGGCGUCGAUUUACUCUAAAGUAGUUCUGAAUAUCAGUCGGACGGUGUAUCCGAAGUCUCAACAACAGCUUACGAACAAGACGAAGCUUCAUAUGUAAACCACAAUAUUUGAGUGCGCACCGAAUCUGACGUUGUGUCCACUGAACUCUGUGAAGUCGGAUGGUGCUUUCGUAAAGAGGUGCAGAAAAUUAAAUAUAAUGUAGAUUCCUGGAGUUAUAGUGUAAUGAACAUCGAAUCGUAAUGUGUGCAAAAUACUACUAUUAAGGUAGAAACUAGAUAAGGCUUUAUUACGGCGCUCAUAUUUCCUCUCGCCAGCCUGUGUCAGCUUUGGUUAGUUGCAUUGCACCCUCAAAAUUUCGUCUCGCCGCGAAAGAACUGGUACCUCCCCCCGGCCAAUGGCCACGGAGGCCCUUCAGAAGAUGAUAGACCACGAAUUGAACGUACGGAACCUAAUGGUCGUUAAAGUCAACAUCGAGCAAAAGAUUAAUAUACUUGGUGGAGUGUUAUCCACGAAUGGGGUGGGUAUGACGGAGCCUUUAGUCGACAGAGAUGGAUACCCUCGUAAUGAUAUCGACGUAUACCAGGUUCGCAAGGCACGGCACGAUAUUAUUUGUUUGCAGAAUGACCUUAAGGAAGUAACGAGAAAAAUCGAGGAAGGCUUGCAUCGGCUGCAUGCAGAGCGUGCGGAGUCUGGGGCGACCAGUACGAGCGAAACCGAUGCCGAAACUCGGCGACUGAAAGCGUUCGCCCGAAUAUCGUCCGUUGAACGGGGAUCACCAGCCGAUCAAGCUGGGCUUCGAUCAGAAGAUCUCAUCACGAACUUCGGCAGUAUUCACAUUGACAACUUUAAUGGAAUGAUGUCCAUCGCGGGAUUGGUACAGAACUCUAUCGGCAAAGCGCUUAAGAUUCGACUUCUCCGAGGUCUUUCCCUUGCGCAGUACGACAUUUUGUUAGUUCCGAAAAGCUGGAGCGGUCAGGGUGUACUUGGUUGUAAAAUCGUUCCCCUAUAGGAAUUCCAGACCGAUUCCCAAAAUAGUACAACAUCUUUCGACAAUACACUUAUAUCUGUCUAAACCCUCAAAAGAGUAACGACAGAACUAAAGCUGAACGGUAAAGGAAAACUUAUACAGAACCGAAAAGAAAUAAAAUGUUGUCGUACUUCGGUAUUAUUAUCGCCAUGUAAUAUUAUGAGCAUCGUGUGCGCUUGUGUGUUUGUGCAUGAAA